ACUCUCCCAACGAUUGGACACAUGUUUGCAGAACUCGUCUAUAAAGGUUAUGCUUAAUGCAAAUCCUUUAAUCCGAUUCUUGGGAGUUAAAUAGCUUUUCAUCUAUCGCACCGUCCAGUGGAAGUCGGAGGUAAUAGUCAAGAUUUAUAUUUUCUCUUUGUAUCUUUUUUUUUUUGGUGGAAAUUUUAUUCCAGUGAAUAUUUUAAAAUAAAAUGAAACAGAACAUAUAAUGUUUUCAAAAUAUUGCAAUACAAAAAUAUUUCACAAUACUUCCGAGAUUUUUAUGCUGUAUAUUUUACUUAAAUUCACGGUAAAAAUGUGAGAUCUAAGAACAUUUCCUACUGGCAUUAGUUAGCAUCACAAGCUAACUUUAAAAAGCAAUUUUUCUGACUAGCUUGGAUUUUUUGUUUGUUCCAGCUGGUCUACUUUCUUACUGCUCCACUGGUCUACUUUCUUACUGCUCCACUGGUCUACUUUCUUACUGCUCCACUGGUCUACUUUCUUACUGCUCCACUGGUCUACUUUCUUACUGCUCCACUGGUCUACUUUCUUACUGCUCCACUGGUCUACUUUCUUACUGCUCCACUGGUCUACUUUCUUACUGCUCCACUGGUCUACUUUCUUACUGCUCCACUGGUCUACUUUCUUACUGCUCCACUGGUCUACUUUCUUACUGCUCCACUGGUCUACUUUCUUACUGCUCCACUGGUCUACUUUCUUACUGCUCCACUGGUCUACUUUCUUACUGCUCCACUGGUCUACUUUCUUACUGCUCCACUGGUCUACUUUCUUACUGCUCCACAGAUCAAACUUGUGCAGACGUGAAGGAAAACGACAGGUUUGGGCGCAUCAAAGCCUUUGUUUAAGUGGACGAAGAGAGGAUCACUCUUAAACUUCAGAGGACGCUAACAAAAAAAAAAUGGCUUUCACAACCAUUGCAAAAUGUAUCUUCAUGCUAAUCAACGUAGUUUUUUUGGUAAGUAACUAGACUUUUUUUAAAAUCUAAAAACAUAGUUAUAAGUGAACGACGGCAUGGGGAAAAAUAUCAAAUGUAACGCAAAGACCAAGGCUUGACCUCAGCUAUUAUUAAUGAUUGCUUCAAUCUUAUUUUUUUUUGGAUCCGAUAGUUUUUGUAUCGUUAAUUUACAUGAAGUAAUAUGUUUUUUUUAAUUCAUCCAUAUUAACACAAUUGUUCUUACUGUCUGCUCCAACAAUUCGUUUUUACUUUAACAUGGGUCGGUACGUAAGUAGUGGUUCUAACGUCUAAUAUUUAGGAUAUAAUGCAGUCAGUAGCGAUGGUCCUUUUUGUUGAAAAAAAAUCCCUCGUCUGUGAAGUUCUGAAUUUCUAUGUGCAAUGGAUAACAGCUGGCGCAAUAUUGUGUCUCUGUGUCGCAAAUGUUUGUUGGACGCGUCGUUUACCCCAACCCCUUCCCCGGGCCACAGAGAUAUGGUUUGUUAUAGACAACAGUGUAGAUGGCAUGGCAAAAGGUUGGGCUAUGAGCCAAACUGAUGAGGUAAUGAGCCAAGAUGAUGGGAGAAUGAACCAACAGGAUGGGGCAAUGAGAGAACAUGAGGGGCCUUUGUUCAUACACGAUGGGGCUAUGAGCCCACAUGAUGUGGCUGGGAGCCAAAAUAAUCAGGUAAUGAGCGAGCGUGAUGGAGCUUUGAGCCAACAUAAUGAGCUAUGAGCCAACAUAAUGGGCUACGAGCCAACCUAAUGGGGCAAUACGCCAACAUGAUGGCGAUAGAAGCCAAUUUGAUGGGGCCAUGAGCCAGCAUGAUGGGUCUGUGAGUAAACACGAUCGGGCUCUGCCCCUACACAAUGGCGGCUAUGAGCCCACAUGAUGGGGCCGUGUACUAACAUGAUGAGGCAACAAUUCAACAGGAUGGGGUUAUGAGGCCUACAUAAUGGUUUUUGUUUAUUAGGAACACAUUGGCCUAAAGAGUAGUUGUGCAUGGCCAUCUAAAAUGCUCUAAGCAUUCAACUACAUUCUUAGAUGAUAACAUGUAAUAUCGAGCAAUGGUGGUUUGCCUGAUAAUCUAACUGAACAUGGAUACAUAUAACCCACUUUAUAUAAAUCCCGAUUAGUCCACCCCCCUCCAUGGUUCGCAACCGCACAUGUUUUUUUCACGCCCCUGAAACUAUACUGAUAUUUUAAUGUCCCAUCCGCUUUUACACCGCAGAUUUAUUUCACCAACUAAUUCACAAAAGCAAAAGAAAAUAUUUCGCACCAAAAGAGAAUCUAAUUUAGUGCAGUUAUCGGGAAUUAUAUUUCGUGAAAUCAGAGUUAUCAUUUUACUUUCAUGUUCCCCUUGAAAAACAGGAAAAACAGAUUUUUUUAGAGGUUGGGGGUGGGGGCUGAUAAUUUAUUAGAAUGUGUUGUCAUUGUCAACGAGUCUAUGUGCCAAGUUUCAGCCCGAUAGGUUGACGAGAAGUGGGUCAAUUAGCCGUCCAGAGAUUUCGCCCGCCAGAUAGCCACGAACAUACGCUAAGUUAAUUUAAGUGAUUUAAGUAAUAAAACACGUUUACCCAUUAAAGUUGCUUCAUACAUUAUUAUACUCAACGGAUGGUGUUAAUGACGUAUUUAUAAAGGCUGUCUGUUAUAUUCGAAUACGAAUGUUGUCCCCGUUUAAAAAGGAGAUUACGUCGUUAGGCCUGGCAGAUGGUGAUUGAUUAUCCCUGUGGUAAACUUUAAUUUAUAUUCCUUGUCGCUUGUGGGUAAAUGAAAUAGCCCCAAACAAUGAUAAGGCCCCUGCGUGUAAGUUCUUAAAACCCCUGGAUAGUGUUCUGUUCUGGUAGUGUUCUGUUCUGGUUGUGUUCUGUUCUGGUUGUGUUCGUUGCUGCAUCCAUAUACUGGCAUCUGUGCAACGGUUGGGGGAAUGAUGUUGCUAGUCUAACAGCUCCUAGCAGAUGCCAGGCCAUCCUUGAAGCUUUCGACCGAUGUCGAGUUCAGAGUGGCAUUGUCCGGGUGGUUCCAUGCUAUUACUGUGCGUGGGAAGGAAGAUUGUUUAUACUGCACUGAGGCACUUUGAAGCAUUUGCUAUUGUUUCUGGUGUAAUUGUUAAUGGGAUUGUCAGUGGUGAAAUCAGUGUUCAGUGAGCGUUUUGCUCUGAUCAAGUCUACCCGGCUUCUGUGGGGUGAGGUACGUGCCUGCUGUGAUGGCCGGCACCAGUCCCAUAGUCACUUUAUAUAAGAAUAUCAGGCGGAGUCCCUCUCGUCUGUCUUUAAGGGAGGAUGUCAAAUCUUUUUAAGAGGCCAGUGACGAAGCCAGGAGUGGUGGAGUUGUAGUCUCAAGCGAUAAAACGCACCGCGUUACGUUGAAUUCGCUCCAUCUUGUCCACGUCUUGCUUAAGGUGUGGGUCCCAGAUGAUCGCACCAUAUUCUAGUAGUGGAUGGACGAGUGAGUGAUAUGCAUUUCAUUUGCAGGAAGUUGGGCCGUGGCGCAGAUUUCUUCGGAUGAAACCAAGGGUGGAGUUGGCUUUUUUAAAAUUUUUGUUUAUAUGGGGUGACCAUUUAAGGUUAUUUGAUGCUUGUUGGAGAAUUGUCUCGUUUAGUGAGUACAUAUAGGUUGAUGUUUUUUUUCUUGAGAUUGUCAUUGUGUAGCAUUUGGUUUCAUAAAAUUUCAUAAAAUUUAGAAAGGGGUCCAGCACUGUGCCUUGUGGAAUUCCUGAGUCUACGAUGGCUUUCUCUGAUCGGACACUGUGUACCACUACUUGCAUGGUACGGUGUGUUAUAAAUUUUGAGAGCCAGGAGAGAAGAUUGCCGGUAAUGCCGUAGUGGUGGAGCUUAUGUAGAAGAAGGCUGUGUGGAACAGUGUCGAAGGCUUUGGAGAAGUCGAGAAUUGCCAUGUCGACCUGGGUGCCUUUGUCAUAGGAGGCAAGGAGGUCAUUGGUGGUGAUGAUUAAUUGAGUUUCUGUUGAGAAUCCAGAGCGGAAACCGUCAUUUAGGUUGGUCCAAAUGUUGUAGUGUUCAAGGUGGUUCAUGAUGUGGCGACAGAUGAUGUGUUCCAGGAUUUUGCAUGGAACGGAGGUCAAGGAUAUUGGGCGGUAAUUUGCUGGGUUAUGAUGGUUACCUUUCUUGUAGGCACUAGUGAUGUUUGCAUCAAGCCAGUCUAGUGGGAGUUUGACGGAGUCAAGUGACUUUUGGAAAAUGUGGGUCAUGGUUGGGGCAAUGUUGUCAGCCAGGGUCUUCAGGGCAAUGUUCGGGAUAAAGUCAGGUCCGGGCGCUUAAUUGGGCUUCAGGUUUUAGAGAAGUUUGGCUACUCCUGUUUAAGUUAUGUUGAGGGGGCCUAUUGUACCAGGUGGAGGUUUCAGGGAUGGAAUGACUGUUGGUGGAGAUUUUGGUGAAGACAGAUUGAAACUGUUUUAGGAGAAUUUCUGCUUUGCAUUGGCCAUCUCUUAAAAGUUGUCCGUUUUCUAGUAGGGGGGCUACGCCGAUGUUGUCUUGCUUCCUGGAUUUAAUGUAGCGCCAGAAGGGUUUUGUGUUGUUGUUUUCGAGGCCUUCUUGAAUGACUCCGUUUUUGUGCUGCUAAUCUCCUCUUCUUAGUUCCCUACGACAAUGUUUCUGGAACUGGCGGUACAGGGUCCAGUUGUUGGUAGUUUGGGCUUUCUUCAAUAGUCUUUCUUUCUCUUCAGCAGCUUCUUGUGUCGGAAAAGACACUAAAAAUUUCUGUUGCAAAAACGCUAUACUUCAAAGAAUUCCAGAGAAUCUUAACAAAGACGAGGCAGGAAAAUUAUCAAGCAUUCACAAACCCACAGAGGGCAAAAUGACAAUAUAUUCAAUUAUCGAGUUUCUUAAAUCUAUAUAUCUAGUGAUAUAUAUAUAUAUAUAGACCUAAAGAAAUCCAUGCCGAUAUGUGACCAGCGAUAUAGUGGUCUUUAUGCCUAUUUUUAUGCUUGUAGAUAUUUCCAGUGAUAAUCAUAUCAAACUUGAUGUCGACGUAAUUCUUCAGGUCUUUGAAACAAGCAAUUUUUACCCGUGAUAUUCCCCAAUUAAAGAGUCAAAACUAUUUUUCAACGGUUUAAACGGUUUUUUAAAUAAAAAAUUAUCAAUUUUUCAACGUUCUCAAUCUUGUUGGUAUCUCUUCUCCCAUAGACAAAGUCUUGAUUGAUCAAAUAGCUCCUUGAUUUUCCUAUCAUUUGCUUACCACUUGCAAAAUUUUCGAGUGAAUUCUUUGCUGAAAAAAAUAUUCAGUUCCUCGUUGGGACAUACGUCUCUGUAUUUUUAAAAAUUAAAACAUUAUUUUGAAAUUAAUCGACUUCAAUUUAUGAAUUAAUAAAAAUACAUCUUUCUAUUUUCAGAUCAUAAGUAUGGUUUUCAUAGCGGUGGGAUCGAUACUGGCUUUCAUACCAGAUACCGUAUUUGAAUUCGUGUACACGACCGCAAAGAAAGCUGCCGGUAAACAUAUUUUUAAUUUCAGUUUUAAAUCUUUUUCCCGUUAAAGUCCACUGCUGGUAAAUUUGAAUUCACUUACACAUGCAGUGGCGUCACUAAGGGGUAGGGCUAGGCUGUGGACCGCACCAAAGGAUGCACUCGGUUUUUUUGUUUGUUUGCCUACAAUUAUUUAUUACGAUUUGCAUGUCUGUGGAUGCAAGCGAGAUUAGCUUUUCAAAGCUGAAACAAAUAAACAAAUACUUAUCGAUCUACAGUGGAACAGUCAGGCUUUCUUGUCUUGUGUUAUGGUCAAAUGAAAGUGAUAAAGGCAGGAAUGUUGAUUUUGAUUGACAUGCUUGCAUCUUGGAGACCAAUGAGACGUUUUAACAGUCAAGUGUAAUGCUUCAAUAGAAGUAAUUCGGUUGCAUUUUUUUAAAGACUGCUACCACAAAUUAUGUUGUCUUCUAAUGCAUUUUAAUGCCGCAGGACUUAAAUUACGAAAAAAACAACAACAAAAUACAAAAAUAAAUAAAUUAAAAAAAAAAAAAAAAAAAAAAAAAAAAAAAAAAAAAAAACAAAAAAAAAAAAAAAAAAAAAAAAAAAAAAAAAAAAAAAAAAAAAAAAAAAAGAAACAAAACAAAAACACCAUUAACGUUAGGAGUGACACCCCGAGCUAACGCACUGGGUGACACCAAACACUAGCGAUGCCGCUGCACACAUGGUAGGUUUUUUACUAGCAUUUAAUUCUCCUUUUCCAGAGGCAGGUAAUUACCACUUCCCGUCCUCUGCCGAUGCCUUGAAGGACUUGCCCCUGCUCUUCGAGAUAGGGAUCGCUCUGUUCGUACUGGGGGUUGUUCUCUUCAUCAUCAGCUUUCUGGGAUGCUGUGGGUGCUGCUGCAGUUGUUGCAAAUUCAUGUUGAUUUUAGUAAGUGGCUGUAGUGGUGAAUGGUCAUACAGACUGUCGGACAUAUGCUAAGCCGCAACAAUUGACAUACAGACUUAAAGGAAAACGGACAAGGUUCCUUACAGGGCAGGGGUUCUUAAUCUGUGGUCCACGGGUACAUCGGGGUCCAUGAAAAGGUCUCACGGGGCCCGUGAGCCACAGCGACUUUCCAAUUUUAUGAUUUGCAUUUAUAAUAAAGAAUCCAUAGCCUUCAAAUGUCGGACAUAGGAGUCCAUUAAAUUUUAUUGCUAUAUAUUAUAUUACCUUAUUUUUUGCGACGUUAGAUAACAUAUAUUUCACGCACAAUCUAAGAUGGAAGUCCCGUACCUGUUACAGUGAAGGGGUAAUGGGUAACAUUACACGAUACUUACAGAGAAACCAACACUGAUAGACUAAUAGAGUAAUAGACUGACAGAUAGAUAUACAUGGUAAAUCUAUAGAUUUAAAGUCAGACAUUACGUGUAUAUAUUUUACUGUUAGUCUAAUACAUUUCAUACACUUAUUUAAAUAUCGUCUUGGACAGUAUGAGGAUUAAAUAGAUACAAUCAAUGAUUGAAUGUUGCUUGUAUUUUCAGUUUGCAAUCGUCAUGGCGGUACUUAUGAUUGUUGAGAUUGUGGUUGUCACCAUGUUCUAUGUCCCGGAUUCUCCAGUGAGUAAUUUAUUCAAACUGGAUUCAAUAAUCUAGUGGAACUCCGCUAUUACGCGAAAUUGGGGGUCCGAAAUACGGAUCGCGCUAUUAGCGGGGUAGCUGAAAUUUAUUUUUAAAAAAAACAUUUGAAUGCGCCCUUACCCGAGUAGUAAAAACUGAGGCAAUCACAAAUCCCAUGCAUGUGGACUAGCUAGACUAGACCAACAAAAACUCCCCGUUGGAUGCGACGCGUUAACCCUGGAAGGCAACUCAUCGAAGAAUCUAAGAAAAUGUAACUCUGAAUUUGAAACCGGAGGUGAUGAUGCCCCGUAGGUGGUAUGAAAUUGACAUUCCCGAGGGGCCGCUGGUGCCAAGUCGUGCCGCCCACACAUGAUGUUCCCUUGGGUUAUCCAGGUGUGCGGAGAGGCGAUUUGCUGUCUAUGGAAAAACUUAUUUUCCUAAAAAUAUCUCAGGCCUUGUUAUUUCGCCCCGCGAAGUCUACACCAUCAUCACAUAAUUUUGAAGGACAGAUGCUAUAAUCUCCGUCGCUACUGAUGCUUCAUAAUGUUCCCAAGAUGCCUAGCGAUGUACACGUAUGAUGUAGCCUUACAGAAACCUAAAUUUUGCCUGAAAAGUGAUAGAAAGUUGACGUAUAAUGAAACUGCAAUGAUGACGAUAAAUUUUUAACUAAUUUUUUUUCUUACGUUCUUGGAAUUUAUUUUGAAUCCCUUACAUUAACUUUGCUCUUGUUCGCGGGUGGCUUGCAAACUUCAGACGGCUUAUUAUUGACCCACGUCCCGUUAAACUAUCGAGCUGCAACCGAGCACACUGACUCGUUGCCGAUGACAAUUCACUCUAUUAAAUUUUUGUCAAAUUGCUUUUUGUCAAAGCCCCCCCACCUCCCAUUGCUCAAUAUUAUAUUUAAUAAAGGUUUUAUACGAAAACAAUUGUUUUUAUGGGUUGUUUAAUUUUAAUUGUUCAAGUACGAUGAAAAUAAGAAAUUUCUGGAGCCAUCCCAUGAGCGCUUAAUAUCCGAAUUCGUGGUAUAACUGGCCACGUUAAAGCGAGGUUCCACUUUGUAAGUUCAUGCCUGGGUUAAAUGAGUAGAAACGAGAGGGACAUGAAAAGGCAGAGAACGUUUUUUUUAACUUAAAUAAAAGGUAUGUAGACAAAAUGAAGUUACAAAAGCAAUGUUGUGUAUAGAUGCAAUUGGGGCGUUGUAAGAUCAAUACAAACAUAAUAAAAAAAAAGUGAUAACACAAAUAUAAAUGAAUUAAUUUUAUUUUAAAUGAUAAACAUAGCAGAAUAAAUUUUAACUGUUUUCGUGGAGUGUGUUGACGAUAUUGGCGUCUGACUGCGGUUGGCGCUCGCAGGUGUCCAGGAAGCAACAUACGAUAUACGUAUAUUUGACAAGGACUAUCUGGUUAAAUGGUGCUUUAAGAGAUUUAAACUGAUUUUUUUUUACUAUCUUUGUAAAUGAUUGCACAAAGCUAUUUAUAGUUAUAGUUGAUAGUGAUUAUGAAGCAUGUUUAAAAAUUAAAAGAACAAUCUAUAAAAAAAGUUAAUUGAUCCUUAAUAAAGGCAUAUUUUAAAUUUAAAAUUCACAUUUUUCCUACUUUCAUUUUUUUAAGCUUCACGAGAAUCUACGGAAAAGUCUAAAAGACAAAGUACGGAAUUAUGACAAAAGCAAAGACACUACGGAUUCCUUCAGUGUGGCAAUAAACAUGGUCAACUACUUCGUGAGCAUUGCAAUCUUAGACAAUUAUUGCUUUGUAUCAAAGUGCUGUUUUCGUUUAGAAAUUUGCUCGAAUUUUCAAGACCAGUAGACCUCAAGCUCUCGACAUAUCUUUUUCAUUCACAACAUACAACCACUCAUUUUAAAACACCAAUAAAGCUUUCAAUUGAUUGACAGAAACAUCCUUGGGACCUGUUGUAUAUUUUGGGAAUUUAGCAUAAAUUAGUACGCUGAGGAAACUAUCGUUAUUCGUGUAUAGUUAAGCCUAGUCCACUAUUGUGAACUGAUUUAAUUUGUCAAACCAACCACGCUGCAUCUAUCACUUAAUAAUCUCAGAAACCUCAAGACAUCUACGUAAUAGCUUGAGAUACUGUGACAGGCAACACCAAAAAAAAAAUAUUAGACACGCAUUGCCCUCGAUACUGAUAAUUCUAAAUUCGCCUAUGUACAAACUGACUUGUACAAACUAAAAUUUUCUUUUAAUGUUAUUACAAGGAGAUAAUUAAUAUAUAUCAGUUUUAUAAACUACUAUGUUUUAUUUUUCAGUUUAAGUGCUGUGGUAUAGAUGGACUUAGUGACUUUUCAGGUAUAAAUCCAGAGUCAUGUAUAAAGUCUAAAACGGUGAGCUUUUAUUAAAAAAAUUAAAAGUUAACCUAUAUUUUUCCCCAUCAUAAUACACCUCUUCUCAAAAAACGUAUUGAAUAAAUAUUAAAAUUUGCAUAGAGCAAAAUAAAAUCUAAAAACAACUGGAUUCGUCCCACAGAAAAAACAGCAACAACCAUCAAAAUAAUAUUUCUUGCUCUUGAAAAUUUGAUACGUUUACUUUAAAAUUUCAACCCUAUUUCUUAGCAAUUUAUAGAUAACUUUUUUUCCUUACAAUCAAAUAUUUAUUUUGUGAACUGGUGCUUUAAAAACUUUGACAUAGUAAUCGUCUUUAUUAUUUGUUGGGCUCGAAGUUAAAUAAUUAGCCAUGAAAUAACCCUUUUGUGUGUAUUUAUUUAGCCUGCCAUAGCGUAUUAUUCUGGAGGCUGCUACACCGAGCUGACGGACGUGAUCCAAGACAACAUCCUGUAUGCUGGACUAGCGUUUGCUGGACUGCUCCUGUUUCAGGUAACCUGACUUACACGUAGGACGGUUGUAGGUUUGGUGGAAAUUGUGCUGGGGUAUUUGGGAGAAUUAUCGUGAUUAUCGUUAAGAAAUCGUGAGAUCACCUCCUUUGAUACCAAGCCAGCAGAUUCUAGAAAAAACUUAGAUUGGGCCUUAAUAAUUAAUUAAUAAAAAAAAUAAAUAAAUUACGUUUAUUUACAAAUAUUUAUUUUUUCACGAGAGUUCUAUUCAUCUGAAUUCCCCGCAUUUGUGCACGCCUCUCUUUCUACUUGUUCGCGUCUCAAUCCAAAUCUCUUCGUCACAUCUGGACCAAUAUUUCUUUUUAAAUUAUGUGGAUAUAAUUUUUGUUACAUGAAGAAGUCAAAUUCAAUCUAAUUAAAGAUAAUUAAAAAAAAAAAAUUUCAUAUCGUGAAAAGUGAACGAGAAAAAUACAUUUUUAUUAGAUGUUACCCUUUAUUAUAUUUUGUUACCCCACCCCCACCCCACCACCAAAAAACAAAAACAAAAACAAAACAAAACAAACAAAAACGUAACCAACAUAAAGCAUAAACCUAGAAAUAAAAUAAAUCUAGGAAAGCUAUUGUCAUUGUGUUGUUGUUAUUUUCGUGGUUGCUCAUUUCGUUGUUGUUACAUGUUUGUCAAGUUGAUGGUCAGUUCACCCUAUAUAAUUUUAUGUAUAGAAUAAAAAUGAAUUGCACUUAUUGUAAAAAGAGACACAUUCUAUUACUCAAAAUUGCAGCGAAGACUCGGAAAAUGGGUGAAAGUUAUUUUGGCGGUUUGGAAGGGGAGGGAGGUUAAAGGGGGGGGGGGUUAAGGGUAGGGCGCUGGCUGGUCAGAGGGGACAGGUCUAGAUUUAGUUUUGUAAUUACCUGUUGAAGAAGAUAUUGGUUCAAAACAAAGGUCUGUCCUUUUGAAAAAAAGAAGAAAUGUUUAAAAAAUAAAAUAUUAUUCAAGCACUUAACACACACAUUACAACCACAACAUUUUGAAAUCACAAAUCUUACCUAACUUGUUAUAGCACAGUUUCUUUCAAUGUUUACCUCUAAGCUAUAUCUUGUUAUUAAUUUUUUUAAAAGAUAAUUUUGCUCACUUUCUCAACAGCUCAUCCAAAUUAUUUUCGCCGUCGUCAUCUUCAAGAAAUCCAACAAAGUGUCCCCAUUUUAAGGACUGGAUCCGCCUCUGGGCUUAAUGACACCAUCGUGUUUUGUCAGUUGUUGUCAUUGGCUUCAAUUGAGACGAGAAGUUGAUUAACAAACUGUUUAUAAAUAAAUACGAAAUGGCUAUUCGUACCCGGGUACAAGAAGUGAGAGGUUGGGUUUAAAAAACUAUUUAAAAUUUUAUUUUUGGGUUUGUAAGACUAGUAAGACCAAAUGAGGUUUCAAAUGAAAGAUAAUUGAAUGGAC